UGUAACCAUGGCGGAGGAGGAGGUUAACUACGCUUCGGUUGUAUUCAAAAGUAAGAAAUAUCGUCCAACCCAAGCUAGAAAGGAGGAGGAAACUGUGUAUGCUGAAGUGAAGGGGCAGAGUAAAAAAACUGAAGAAACUGCUGACACAAACGCAGGAGUUUUGCUCGACAAGAAAGCAAACAACAGACGUCUCCAGUAUCAGCAGCUGGCCUGUUGUUUGGGGAUUCUUUGUGUCAUUCUGCUGUUGGGCAUCAUAGCAGUCGUCGUCCUCUACCACCGGUUAAGUCCUGAAAGUGAGCUGAUGGCUGCCAAUCACAACCUGACAAACCUCAACAACAAUCUCAUUUUAGCCAAUGAAAAGUUGAGGAGGGACAACAACAAUCUGACAGUCCAGUUGAGCAACCUGACACAAAACUAUACUGUCUCAGAAAGCAAGAUCACAAACCUGAAUGCAGAGGUCCAGAACCUGAGAGCAGUAAACCAGCAGCUGGAGACACAGAGGAACAACUUAACAGAAGAAAUACAAAACAUGGAGACAGACUGGAAUAAACUCAUCAUCAUUCAAGCUCAGUGGAGCAUUGAUGCCUACUGCCCCAAAACAAAUGACGUUUCAGUGAGAGUGUGUAAAGCUUGUCAGAAUGGCUGGUUACCCAAAGAGUCCAAGGCGACCAACUGCUAUGCGUAUAAUAACGCUAAAGCUCCUGAUCAGAAAACCUGGGAAGAAGCUCGAGAAAACUGCAGAGGAAAGGGUUCAGAUUUGGCUGUUGUACAUAAUGAAGAGGAAAAGGAUGAACUCUAUUAUUACAGCAAAGGAACUGAUGGAUACUGGUUUGGCCUGAGAGCUGAAGGUGGGAGAUGGAAGUGGAUUGAUGGAAGUGAUCUGACUGUAAGCUACUGGACACCACAACUACCUCCUACUGAUGGUCAGUGUGUAAUGUCUGUCCAGAACGUAGGAUGGAGAUCAGUGAGCUGUGCUGAGAAAAAACAAUGGAUCUGCAAAAUGAAGGCUUUAUCUGUUUAAACACUGCAGUCAGACUAUGCAUGAUAAUAUCAACUGGCUUAUAAAUAUCAAACUGUAAAGUCUUCUUUUUUUUUUUAUAAAAAGGAUCAGGCGUUUCAUUUAUAUAGAAAAAGAGAAAAGGAAUAUUUACAGUGAAUUAUUUUUCAAAGCUGUUUGUGUGUCUCGGAAUAAAAACAGACACUUAGAAUUUGAAUACAUUUAGAUAUUUGAUUAUAUAGGUAUGCUAAUGUUAGUCUGUGGAACAUACAGUGACUAGACUGAAGGGACACUGUUAUCAUUGAUACCUGUUGAAUGGGCUUUUGUUCUGCUUUGUUAGAGAUGUGAUGCUUAUAAUUAGUAUAUCAGCAGAUUGAUGACAGGGACAGACAGACUGCUCAGUUUCCUGUUUCCUAUGUAUCAUGGAACAUAUAUUGUUGCUACUCAUUGGCCAAAAUGGGGGCACUGCAUCACUUGUUCUUAACAGAAUGUCCUCAGAGCUUUUUGCUUCAGCAUGUUAGGAACAUUAAAAUGUAAAUUUUUUCUAUUUAUCUAUAUAGAAAGCAAAUUCAUGUUUUAUUACAUUGAAUAAAAAUGCUGCGAAAAAUUA